GGGGUAACUUUGGCUUUCAGUAUAACAUUGACUCAUUUCUACAAUUUUUGGUUUAAAUUUUUUUCCUAUAAUUUGAACGCAUCCUAGUGUACAUAAUGCAUACUAAAUAAAAGUUUACGUGUAUCCGAAUUUAUUUUUGCCGCGAAAUGUUGGUCUGCUGUCAAAAAGUUAUAUCUAAUCUACGUCAAAUAUUGGAGUAAAAAAGUUCGUUCGUUACAUUGUUGUUAUAAAGUUGUCUGUAAUUUAAAAAGAAGAGUGUAUUUAGAGAAUAAAAAAAUGCCUAGAAAACGAGUAUGUCCCGCACCGGGUACCCGAAAAUAUGGGAAAAAAUCUCGCUACACGGAAGAGACAUUAGAAAAGGCAUUAGAAGAGGUAAAAUGUUGCAAAAUUUCCCAAAGAAAGGCCGCAGAACAUUAUAAUAUUCCACUCAGCACAUUAAAAUAUAAACUAAAAGAUCAACACACAGGGCAGAUUGGAAAACCUACAGUUCUUUCUAAAGUUGAAGAGGAAUCGAUAGUCGCCCAUAUUAUAGCAUUAUCAGAUCUUGGAAUUCCAAUUGGUAUGCAAGAUGUAAGAGUCAUUGUAAAAAAGUAUUUAGAUGAUAAUAAAAAAAAAGUAAAGCAGUUUAAAAAUAACUUUCCGGGAUGGGAGUGGGGCAAACUUUUCUUGGAAAGACAUAAAUGCAUAAGACAAAAGGUAGCACAUAACAUCAGUAGAAAGAGGGCUCAAAUAAACAAGGAAAUGAUAGAAAAAUUCUUCGACAAUUUAAGCCUUGAACUCGAAAAUGUGCCCCCGGAAAACAUAUUUAAUUUCGACGAAACUGGAUUUCAUGACGACCCAAAAAAACAAAAGCUUUUAUUUCGAAGACUUUGCCGGAACCCAGAAAUUAUUAGAAACUCUACGAAGUCCUGCUUCACUGUUAUGUUUUGCGGUAAUGCGGCUGGUGAAUUUGUGCCAUUAUAUGUUAUAUAUAAAGCACAGCAAAAGUGGUCUGACUGGAUAUUGGAUGCUCCACGUGGCACUCGAAUGGCAGUAACACCAACAGGUUGGAUAGACGCUAAUACGUUUGAUGAUUGGUGUGAGAGCACAUUAUUGCCUGUACUGAAAAAAAAGGAAGGGAAAAAAGUUGUACUUGGAGACAAUUUAAGCUCGCAUAUCACUCCAAAAUCGUUAAGGCUCUGUGCGGAAAAUAACAUUAAAUUUAUAUGCCUUGUUCCCAAUUCGACACAUCUACUGCAACCAUUAGAUGUGUCAUACUUUAGUGCUCUGAAAAGUGAUUGGAGGUCAAUUUUAAGAGACUGGCGAAACACUAAAAGGGGCAAAAUAGUAAAUGUUUUGCCGAAACCAAUAUUUGCUAAAUUGCUUUCUAAAACUGUGGAAAAAGGUCAACAAACUGCUGGUCAAAACGUGAUUGCUGGUUUCAAGGCCUGUGGGAUAUAUCCUCUAGAUCGGAGUAUGGUACUGGAGAGACUGAAAGAAUAUUCUAAACCUGAAGUGUGUGACGAGGUGCGUGAGUCGAUUGGCGAGAGCUUUAAAAAUUACAUAGCUGAAAUUCGUGAUAAGGACCUCCAAAUGCAGCAGACUAGAAAAUUUCAAAUCCCGGUUGUAGCAGGCAAAAGUGUUUCUGUGGAAGAAGUCGAAAAAUACUAUGAAGAAAGAGAGAAGAAGAAAUCUGAAAAAGGUCAAAAGAAACAAAAAGAAAAAAUCCAGAAUAAAUCUACUGCUCCUGUCAAAAAAAGAGGACGUCCAUUAGGAUCAAAAUCUAAAGGUAAAACAGUACAAACAUCACAACACAAACCUUCUUCGCCUGUUGCUAGCCCAUCGGAAUUACAGUCAUUGCAAACUUUAGACACUUCUGCUACUACAUCAUCAGCUAUUUCUCCCAAAGUCUGUAAUGAACAGUCUCUUACUUCAGCGCCUGCAGAAACCUCCCUAAAUCAUAGAUUGCUGCUCGAUGCUUCAAAAUCUCCAACUCCAGGGACAGAAUAUUCUUCGAUGCCGUCUCAUCCAUCGCCUGUUGGUGAUAGCCUGUUACUCGUUUCAAAUCCUCCUUCACCCAUAGACAAAGAUAUUGAGAUAGAAGAAACAAAUCAAUCUCCAGCUCCAAGAACAGAUUCUUCAAUGCCGUCUCAUCCAUCGCCCGUUGAUGAUAACUCUGAAAUAGAAUUGGAAACUUUGAAUGAUGACUUAGUAGGGGAAUACGAAGUACGUGAAAGUGUUUUAUGUAAGACGGAUAAAGCUAAACCUGCUCCUCUCAUGAAGUUAGGCUAUUGUGUUUUUACUUACGAAAGCAUCCUUUUUCCUGGAAGGAUCUUAACGGAAGAUGGCCACACCGUUACCAUAUCUGUUAUGCAGAAGACCGUAGAUGGCUGGAAAUGGCCAUCCAAACCAGAGAGGGUAACCUGUUCCAUUGAUAGUGUCAUUACUCGCUUAGAGGAUACUAAAAUUUCAAAAUUAGGUAAUUUUUAUACUAUAGACAAUGAUUUUCUGUCAAUGGAAUGGGGAGAUUAAGACUUAAGUUCAAGAUUUAUUUUUAUGAGUAAGUUUUGUUAGAAGUGAUUUUUUUUAAGUUUGACUGAUUAUUUAAGAUUGUUUUAGUUGUGUUUAACAUAUUUAAUGAGAAAAAAAUUGUUUUAGAACAAAAAAUACGAUUAUUUAAAAAUAAAGUUUCAUUUCAA